AUGCCAGCGCCGUCGCGCCCAGGCGCGCGCGACACCAUGCGUAGUGCGAUACCCCUCCCUAAAUCUCGACUUGCCACCUCUUCCACCUCCCGAAUCCCUGCGGUCACUCCCGCCCCUCUCCGAGCCGUCGAUACCCCGUUCGGCAAGAUCCAACCAUUGUUUGACGGAUUCGAUCUCGCCGAAACGAGCGACUGGCUCGAAGAGAAGACUCCUACGGCCGGAAAUGUGCUCGACAUUACGCACCUCUCACCGACAGACCUUGCGAAUGUGUUGCAGGAAACCGAAACUGUGUUGACCGGCCGGGGCGAGCGCGAGUCGACCUAUGGUUCGACGUCUUCCUGGUCUCGUUCGACCAGUGUUGCAGCCCCAAGCAAGCGUCCUGCCAGUCCCAUCCACAACCCUGCCAAGCGGCGGAUGACCAUUUAUGCGACACCUCGGCAGAAGAGUGACGACCUGUAUGCGCGUAGGAUCACGGAUUCGGCACGCCGACCAACCCCUUCACCCCAUCUUCCGACUGUUCUCCCCUCAGCGACCCCGAGGUCGAUCAUGGACAUGCCCCGGCCUGAUCAUCAGCGCCGGUCUAUUACCCCGAUCACCUUUGCGCGUGCUUCUCAUUCUCCUCCUCUACUCCAACCCCAAUAUCCGACAGGCCACGCGCUGCCAAGGCAACCCACUCCUCACCCUGUCGAGACUGCAGCCGCCUCGACUCCUCUCGCGGUGACUCGCGCGGCGCCGACACCAGGCGAACCUUCAAAUGUUAGCCGCACCAUCUCGAAGGACAAAGGGAAGGCCAAGGCAAUCCCCGCAAUCGCGCGUCCUCGUCCUGGUACCCGUGUUGUAAUCGGCCUCGGACCAGGCGGAAAGCUCCAGACCCGCGCUGAGCGUGCAGCAGCUAGUGGACGCUCUGCGACCCUCGCACCUCGUCCCGGAAAGGCUCAUCAUUCGACCCCCAUGGAGCCUGGUUCCAGUACCGCUCGACCCGCACCGUAUACCGUGGCUCGCCCACAACCGGUUGCUCGCUCCGUUUCGCACGUCAAACCCCAGUCUGCGUCUGCGAUGCUCCCCUCCCAGAGCGGUCACCCACUGCAGGAGACUCGUGCAUCGUCUCCUCAGCCGGCCCGUAUGUCCCGCCAUGUUGAACUGGCCAACCUCGAUAUUCCACCUAUUCGUCGCUCUUCCGCGAUCGAGGAACCCUCAAGACCAGCUACGCCUGCAGAGCCAGCGCUUGUGGCUGCUACCCCUAAGUCGGUCGUGAUCUCCCCGCAGCGUGCCACGCUCCCUCACGUCUCCACGUCCCCAACUGGCACGCCGGCUGUUCCAUCGACCCUUCCUCGCCGCUUCUUCCCAUUCUCCUUUUCUUUUCCGACCCCUUCCGCAGCCACCCCAGGACCCAACCAGACCCUCCAGUACGCCUCGCCAGCAUUGUCACAAACGACCGCCGACGGCCAGGCGGAGGACUGGAACGUGUCUGUGGGGUCUGUGGCUCGCUCGGUGACACCGCGCCAGGCAACACCGCCAGCACAGACCGUGCCAGCGACAUUGGCAACUCCUGCAGCCACCACACAACCGGAACGCCGUGUGUCGGCCUCGGAACGGGUCCUGAGGUUCUUCGGCGACCUCUUGCGACCUUCGCCUUCGAGUGAGCAGGAAACGCACGAGUUCACCAAAGAUGAGCUGGCAACUCCAAUGGACGUGGAUACCGGGCCGGAAGAUUUUGAGCACAUGCCUCAGAUGUGCCAGGUCAUCAACAACCCGGUCUCUGCCAUGGCCGCCACUACCGAAGCAGCAAUUCAGGUAGCUCGCGAUGCGCCUGCUCGCAGAGCGCCUGCACCGAAACCGCGCGUGACAUCUGGGAACUUUGCCCGUCCCACCGCUGCUGCCAUCGCCCGAGCCGCCGCCUCAAAGCCGGCAACGCGUCCUAAUACCGUGUCAGACCGCCCGGUCGCUCCACUCCGUCGCCCUCUGGCGUCGCAACCGCAGGCGCUCAACGUCCCUCGCCCGGCCAUGGUCGACAUCACGCCCGACACUAGGAAGCCUUUCUGUCCACCGACCAACUCCGCUUUCGCUUCGGCGGCCCUUGCACGCCUUCCAAAGCCGGGAGCUGGCCAUACGUUAGGCUCCGCUCCCAUCCGCGUUCGUGACGCCGAACGUGCGCGCGACCUCGCCAUCAAGUGUGCCAUGUUCGAACGCGCCGGCAAGACCGAAGCUCAUGUCCCGGCACCCGUACCCCGUCGCCGCGCCGAGCCCGCCGCCCCGAUCCGUGGGCAAACUCCGGGCAAGGCGUCACGCUUACGCGCACUUGAGCGUGCUGCCUAUGACUCGGAGGUUGCGAUCCGUGCAGCGGAGAAGACCGCCGAGGAUGCCAAGCUUGCUCGGGUUCGCGCCCAGGUGGAGGCCGAGCUCGACCGCCAGGCUCGGCGCGAGACGGUCGUGAGGGCCCAUCCUCUACCGUCAGUGUAUAAGAGAAGGCGGCUUUAG